AUGGAUGCACUCAGUGAUGAUGACCAUGAUUUCGAUGAUGAUGUCUUGCCUGGACCUUCCAGAGAAUACCCUGAAGAGGAGAUGACUGUGGAUGAUGCCAUAUGUACUUUACUAGCUUCCCUUCAUCUGGAUCAAAAUAGGAAUAUAAUUCCGUCAGACCAGGAUGACGAUAACCUUCGAAUAGUGCACGAGCGUAUUCAGAAUGUGAUUCACAGAGAGUUGGAUGAUUCUAGGCGCCGUCGUUUGAGAAAAGCCUUGCAACCUUCCAACUGUAUCAGAGAACAAGUUUAUUAUUUGAGGCGAAUCAUCCCUACUUCAAACCCUUCUCAAUCUUACUUCCGACGUCUUUCUGCAGCUUUGAGCUUAAUUGUUAGUGAAUCAUUUGAUGAAGAAUAUAGGAAAGUUGCGAUACUACUAGGUUUGGUUGACGCUCUCGCUGAGACUCUCGUUCUCGAGGUGUUUGUGUUUGGAACAAAUCCUCGUUUACCCGAGCAUCGUUCUAUUCGUAAACUAGUGGCAAAUGCUUUAACAAAUUUAACAUUUGGUCAUGUAACGAGUAAAAGACGACUGUGCACUUAUCCGGAUUUUUUAAACACAGUUAUCCGGUUGAUCAAUGAAGCCCGAAAUUUAGCUCAGGUUUAUGCUGGUCUUAUUCGAAACUUGAGCUGGUUAGCGGAUAGUGAAAUGAGUGCUGCACUAUCUCCAUGUGUCAAAGCAUUGGUUAGAGCUGCUGUUUAUGGAUGUCAGCAUAAGGAUGAAGGUUGCGUUAGAGCGACACUAUCAGCGUUGUGGAAUCUAGCAUCUCAUUCUAUGGAGAAUAAGCGUGCUAUCUGCGAUGAGCCUGGGUGUUUGCAUAUGUUGGCAUCAUUACUAACACCAAAUACCAACCAAACCGUCAUAGUAGAAAGUGCUAGUGGGAUUUUGAAAUAUGCUUCCGUUUAUUUGUCCACCACAUCAUCCCACCUAGAAGAGCGAACUUUGCUUGUGAACGGGCUCAUUCAAUUGCUUGUCAGCGCUUCGUUCACCAUUUCAUGUAAUGCUCUUGGAGCACUAAGUAACUUGAUUGCAAAGGAUCCUCACUUACAGGGAUUUAUACGCUCAAAUGGUAGUGCUAUGCACCAAUUAAACUCGUUAAGAGAUUCAGCACGUGAUGAUAUUCGGGCUGCAGUUAAAAGCGUAUUGAAUCAUUUGAAUCAACCUGCUGGAUAUAUCAGAUCGAACGAAAUGUCAACUUCUAUGGGUGUCGGAUAUGAUGUUUUUCGGGAUUCUGGUCGACUCUUACCUUUGCGAUCUAUGAGAGCUUCUCCGGGAGCGAAUAAUCUGAGUUCAUUCACUUCUCCGCGAAGCAUGGAACAGCGCUCCAGUAGUUUGCCGAGGCAUUUUGUGCGUGGUGGCUCAGUCGCUGUUCAUGGAUCGACUCACGCUUCGCCUUCUCAUUAUCUCUCCAACGUUAUCAACCAAACAUGUGAGGAGCAUGAUAGGAUAAUGAUGCAGCAGGUAAAUGAUGAUGAGAUUAGACACAAUAAUAUAUUGAACGAUGAUGAUGUGGAGGAUAAUGAGUUCCCUGAUGAGUUCGAAAGAGAUACAAUGAGUGCUACUUGUAAUAGAAGUAAUGCUAGCCGUCAAUCUUUGGAAACAGAACAUACGAACCAGUCAGGCUGGGCGAGCAUGUUGGACACCGCGAAUAAUAGUGCUCGUCUAUCUCCUGUUUCUCCUUCAGAUUUACCUGAUUCUCCGACCCAUUAUACUUUAAUUAGGCAACAAAACUUGAUGAACGCUGGCAAAGGGUUAGAUAACGAUUCAUCUGCGCCGCUCCGAAUCAACGUUAUGUCGUCGGACGCUGGAGGAAAGUCAAACUUCUCAAGUAGUGAUGCUGCUACAGCAGUUGUCGAUGAUCAGCCAACACCAACUUUCGCUAACUGUCGCAUAUCACAAAUUGCACCAGUGAAAACAAAAGAAACAUUGAAGAACUCAGGCUUUUUUGAGUCUUUCGAGGGCGAGAACGAAUCUGAUUAUGCUGUGUUAGAGGGCAAUUCUGAGUUACUGGAUCGAUCAAUCGAAGCAGCUUAUCCCCAGCCAAACACACGUCUUAGCUAUAAAGCAUCUCCCACUCAUGGAAACGGUUUUCAUUUAACUAACGGCAUGCUUUCCGGUACAUCUUCUCCUAGGAAAUCAACUGAUGGUUCAGCCGUUGAUAGAGAGAAGCUGUUGAACGAGUGCAUUUUGUCGGCAAUGCCAGGAGCAGGAGGGAGUCCUGCAUUUUCUUCAAAAAACGAGAUGGGCGGACCAACUUUAGUGACCCGUUUGGUCCGCCAUCAUCAAACCGGUCGCCUUCAAGAUUCUAACUUUGUCGAUGAAAAUAGCGGAGAGGCUAGUGCCAAGGAAUCAUCUCUGAGAAAUAGCCUGAUUAAUCAGGAUUCUGUCAGCUCGGAAGAGUCGGAUGAUUUUUUUUGUAAGAACGAUUUCGACGAUCUAGAUACAAGUCUUCCGUUAGAUUGUUUGGAAGAACCUAUGACCAUUGAUUGCUCGUCCCUGCGGUCUGAUUCUUCUUCCGGAGAUAGCAAGACAAAGUCUCUUGAGUCUACUUCAGCUGCGAGAAAGACAAGGCUCCCCAUGCCCACCUCUAAAGUUUUACAAUCCUCUAAUUGUAGAUCGGCCCAACUUUCUGUGAAACCGAAAAUUGGUCCAAAACCAUUGCAUUCCCAAGCAGUCGUGCCUCCUUUCAAUUAUCAAAAGCCUAUGCAUGUUAAUGAUGAGUCUUCAAGUGAAUCGACUAAGUCAGGAAAUAUGCACAGUAAUACUAUGCUAGUUACAACAGUUUGA